AUGACUAGAAAGAAGGUGAAGCUUUCUUACAUCACCAAAGAUUCUACAAGGAAAUCUACCUUCAAGAAAGGAAAGAAAGGUUUACUGAAGAAGGCGAGCGAACUAAGUAACCUUUGCGGGAUAGAAGCUUUUAUGAUAAUCUACAAUCCUUAUGAUGCUCAACUUGAGGUUUGGCCAUCCCUUGCAGGAGCCCAAUGCGUGCUCUCGGAGAUUAAGAAGAUGCUUAAGAUGGAUCAAAGUAUGGGGAUGAUGAGCCAAGUGAGUUUCCUUAAGCAAAGGAUCGAACAAGCCAACAAGCAACUUAAGAGACAGUGCAGGGACAAUCGCGAGAAGGAGAUCACACAAGUCAUGUUCCAAUGCCUAGCUAAACAAGGGUCGGAGAUAUUGAACAUGACGGAUUUGAGUGACCUCGGGUUGUUGCUCAAGCAAAACUUGAAGGAUAUUGACAAGAAGGUUUAUACGCUUACCAAGCCAUCUCAUUCCCAAAGUUUCGCAGCAGCAGCAUCAACAACAAUGGCAACCCCAGAAACGAUGCUAAAGAGUGGAGAGAAGGUGUAG